AUGGCUGCCUUGACAAUCCAACCACCCUAUAUCCUCUGUCACCAUGGCCAUCUACCCGCAUACACAUUUUUUGGUAUCCAAGUCAGCCUCGUAGACAGGACUGGUUUAUUCUUUGCAUCAAAUCACACCUCUCCGAAACGUAAACAAGCUGUGAAUCCAGGUGCCUGGCUGUUGGGUGUGAUUCGCUUCUCUGUAGAUGGUCACUUGAUGUCUGCCGAUCUGUCGGUAGAAGUGAGUAUCGCAAUGACGCACAGCUACAGUGCGAUUGAGGACCAUGCUCGUGCCAGCCUCUGCACAAGCCUAGCCACAACUUGA